AUGGAAGUACCAUUGCAAGAAGUCAAUGCCGGCAAGGCUCUCAAAGCCCGUGCAUCCGGUAACAAUAAUUGUGAAGUUGCUGAGGCGGAUCAUCCAUUAUUGCCCGUUCCUACUACAACCACUACAGCUCAUAAUAGAUUCUUCGCCAAUAAUAAUAAUAAUGAAAACACCAUGUUGGCAGAAGAAAAACGAAAUAUUGCUUAUCCAAAAAAGCGUAGUAAAACAGUGGGUCAGACCAAAAAAGCUCCACCAUCCGCUGUAGAGGACACCAGCAAUGAGCAGCAGCAGCACCAGAAGAUGAUCCACAAAGAGAAACAAACAGUGCAUACCGCCAAAACUGGAGAGGUCAGUAGUGCCCUCUUAUUGGCACAAGAAAAACGACACAUUGCUUUUCCAAAAAGUGCAGGGCCAUCCAAUACUAAUAAGAGCAGAGCUAUUAUUACCGGCAAGCAAGGUGGCGUUGUGGAGGCAGAUCAUCCGUUGCCCGUGUCUACGACCACUACUGGUGCCACUACUACAGCUCAUCAUAAAGUCGAAAGUGCCAUGUUGGCAGCAGAAAAACGAAACAUUGCAUAUCCCAAACAGAGCAAUAAAUCAGUCAACCAGACCGACGUUCCACCUGCCGGCAACACCAAUGAGCAGCAGCAGCCGAUCCACGGAGAGACACAACCAAUGGAAGUCAAUAGUACUGCCGCCAAAACUGGAAAUGUCAGUGCUCUUUUGGCACAUGAAAAGCGACACGUUGCAUAUCCAAGAAUUAGUGGGCCGUCUGCAGCACUUUCUGGUAAAUCUGCAGAUGGUGGUGGCUAUGGCAUUCUUCUUUCUAAUGUUACAGAAGUUGUUGUUGACCAAGCCACCACUCCCACGGACAACAACAACAAUAGUGGAUUAUUGGCUGUAGCCACCCAAGUAGAAGAAGAACACAAAGAACCUACACAGAUUGCUAGUAGACCAGCUGCUGCUAGACCUGACAAAGCUUCGGAAGACAAUGGAGCUCCUUCACCAUCUCUGCUUAUCCUUGUUCUCAUUGUCAGCCUUUUCAGUAUUGGAAUUGUUGUUGGUUGCAUCUGUGGGGCUGGUCUCUGCAGCAACAAGGAAGGUGAUGUGGGGACUCAGGCUCCCACUUCCUUUCGGUAUUUUAUUUUGGAGGACAUUCAAAACAGAAUUGACGAUGCUUUUGGACCUGACUAUUUUCCCAAAAAUGACGAGACAGAACCCACCCAGCCAAAGUUCAAGGCGCUUUAUUGGAUCGUGUUUGAGGAUCCUCUGCAGCUCAACGCAGAUGCCAACAAUCUUCUACAGAGGUUCAUCUUGUCAUUAACAUACUUUGAAACAUCCCGGGAAAGCAAUUGGCUUGAUUGUGGGCCAUCUACAACUACUACAAAUGAUGAAUCCUGUAGGAUUCACUACUUUAAUUCGGAAUCAUGGGGAAGUAGGUGGCUUGCUGGUGUUCAUGAAUGUCAAUGGGGAGGAAUUUUUUGCGACGGAGAGAAGUACAUUACUGAGUUGCAGCUUCGGGGCAAUGGAUUGAACGGCCCUCUGCCCACAGAACUUGCCAGUCUUACAGCCCUGGAAUUAAUAAACUUUGAGGGGAACCAACUGACAGGAAGUAUUCCUGUGGAAUUGUUUCGAAACAAGCUCUCCUCAUUACAAUUUGCAAACAAUUCACUAACGGGGACAGUGCCCACAGAAGUUGGACUCUUUGAUGGGUCUUCUCUUGAUUUUGCUUCAAACAGCUUGUCUGGUUCCAUCCCUACGGAGCUUUUUCAGGCUAGAACAGGAAACCGCCUUUAUAUCGUUUUUGAUGACAACGAGCUUACAGGAACUUUACCCACUGAAAUUGGAGCAUUGCAUGGACGUAAUCGAGUCGACCUCCAUUUGCAAGGGAAUCCUUUACACGGAACCAUCCCAUCAGAAAUAGGACUUUUGAGAGGCAAAAUCGGAGACCUUGAUAUGAGUUGGACCAAUAUGGAUGGCUCCCUACCAGAGGAAUUCUUUACAAAGUGUACCAACUUAGUUUCUCUAAAGGCCUCCAACUCUGGUUUGACGGGGACAAUCAGCAGUGGACUGCAGCGUUUGACAAAGCUACAAAAUUUUGAUAUUUCCAACAACAAAUUCCAUGGGACCAUCCCAGCACAGCUUUCUGCUCUGACAAGGCUACAACGUUUUAUUCUGACUGUUUGCCAAGGGAUGGCACUGGCAAUACCAUGA